AUGUCCACCACCGCCGUGCUCCCCUCCCCGGCAUCGAGCAGGCACACGUCCGGCGGCAGUGUCCAGCAUGGCGCCCUCACGGCGGACCGCGCGGCGGCGCUGCUGACGGGCUGCGCGUCCGCGCGCCGCGCAUCGGAGCUCCACGCCGCGGCGGUGCGCGCCGGCGUGGACCAGGACAAAGCCGUGGACUUCCGUCUCCAGCGCGCGUACGCUGCAUCCGGCAGGCUGGACCUCGCCGUGGCGCUGCUCCGCCGCACGGCCGACCCGACCGCCGUCUUCUACACCUCCGCCAUCCACGCGCACUCCUCCCGGGGCCUCCACCAAGCGGCGCUGGCGCUCCUCUCGGAGAUGCUGCUGUCGCACGGCCUCCUCCCCACCGCGCACACCCUCUCGGCGUCCCUCCCCGCGUGCGGCGGCCUCGCGGUCGGCCGCGCGCUGCACGGAUACGCCGUGAAGCUGGCGCUCUCCGGCGAACCGUACGUGGCCACCGCGCUGCUGGGCAUGUACGCGCGCUCCGGGGAGGCAGCGGCGGCGCGGGCGCUGUUCGACGGGAUGCGGCCGGACCCGCACGUGGUGUCGGUGACGGCGAUGCUGACCUGCUACGCCAAGAUGGGCCUGCUAGACGACGCGCGCAGCCUGUUCGACGGGUUGCCCAGCAAGGACCUCAUCUGCUGGAACGCCAUGAUGGACGGGUACACGCAGCACGGGCGGCCCAGCGAGGCGCUGCGUCUGUUCCGGCGGAUGCUGAGGUCGGGCGUGGAGCCCGACGAGGUGUCGGUGGUGCUGGCGCUCUCGGCGGUGGCGCAGCAGGGUAUGGCGGAGUCCGGGAGGUGGCUCCACUCGUUCGUGAGCAGCAGCAGCCGCCGGAUCCGGCUCAACGCCAGGGUCGGCACGGCGCUCAUCGACAUGUACUACAAGUGCGGGAGCCUGGAGGACGCCGUCGCCGUGUUCCGCGACCUCAGCGGCGACGUCAGGGACAUUGUCGCGUGGAACGCCAUGAUCAACGGGUAUGCGUUGCACGGGCACAGCCGGGAGGCGCUGGCGGCGUUCGGCCAGCUGCGGGCGCAGGGACUCUGGCCUACCAACAUCACCUUCAUCGGCGUGCUCAACGCGUGCAGCCACUCUGGGCUGGUCGACGAAGGCCGCGAGCUGUUGGCGUCGAUGGAGGAAGAGUACGGCAUCCAGCCCAAGGUCGAGCACUACGGCUGCAUGGUGGACCUCCUCGGCCGCGCCGGGCGCGUCGAGGAAGCGUUCGACCUCGUGCAGAGCAUGAAGACGACGACGACGGCGAAGCCCGACGCGGCGAUGUGGGCGUCGCUGCUCGCGGCCUGUCGGCUCCACAAGAACAUGGCACUGGGCGAGCGGAUCGCCGACCACCUCGUGGCCAACGGGCUGGCCAACUCCGGCACGUACGUCCUGCUGUCGAACAUCUACGCGGCGGCGGGGAAGUGGCGGGAGGUGGGGCGGGUGCGGUCGAUGAUGAGGGCGAGCGGCAUCCAGAAGGAGCCCGGGUGCAGCGCCGUGGAGGUGGGGCGGCGUGUGGUGGAGUUCGUGGCCGGGGACCGGAGCCACCCGCGCGCGGCGGAGAUCUACGCCAAGCUGGAGGAGGUGAAAGGCAUGGCGCGGGCGCGCGGGCACGUGCCGCGGACCGAGCUGGUGCUGCACGACCUCGACGACGACGACGCGGCCAAGGAGCAGGCGCUGGCGGUGCACAGCGAGAAGCUGGCCCUGGCGUUUGGGCUCAUCAGCACGCCGCCUGGGACGGCGAUCAAGAUCGUCAAGAACCUCCGGGCGUGCGCCGACUGCCACGCCGUGCUGAAGCUGGUGUCGGAGGUGACGGGGAGGAAGAUUGUGUUCAGGGAUAGGAGCAGGUUCCACCAUUUCGUCGACGGGUCAUGCACUUGUGGAGAUUACUGGUGA